CAGGCGUGCUGCCCAACAGCCAAUUAAAAUACCAAAAUCCGAUGUUGUUUUUGUGGGUGUAUCUCAAAGUUACACCAAUCGCAUGUCAGGACUCAAUCAAGUUUAGUUUCAGUGCAGAAGCAGAGGAACUACUGCUGUCACUGGAAAAGCCCAGUCGUCCAUCCAACACCAUGGGAAAGAAGAGUCGAGUGAAGACUCAGAAAUCAGGCUCAGGAGCCAGCGCUGUGGUUUCACCCAAAGAGAUGAUGAACCUAGUCUCUGAACUGCUACAGAAAUGCAGUAGUGCAGUGCCCUCUGCUGGUAAAGAGUGGGAGGAGUACAUUCAAAUAAGAAGCCUGGUGGAGAAGAUCCGGAAGAAACAGAGGGGUAUGUCAAUAGUGUUUGAGGGCAGCAGAGAGGACUACUUCCCAGACCUGAUGUCCUGGGCUCAGGAGAACGGGGCUUCCUGUGAUGGCUUCACUGUGGCCAACUUUGGUAUGGAGGGCUAUGGCUUGCGAGCCACCAGAGACAUCAAGGCAGAGGAACUCUUCCUGUGGGUUCCCAGGAAGAUGCUGAUGACAGUGGAGUCAGCCCAGAACUCUGUACUGGCUCCUUUGUACAGCCAAGACCGGAUCCUGCAGGCCAUGGGCAAUGUGACGCUGGCCCUCCACCUGCUAUGUGAGCGGGCUAACCCUGCUUCAUUCUGGCUGCCAUAUAUCCGCAGUCUUCCUCAGGAGUAUGACACGCCCUUGUACUACCAGCAGGAUGAGGUGCAGCUGCUGUUGGGCACCCAGGCAGUGCAGGAUGUUCUGAGCCAGUAUAAAAACACUGCACGCCAGUACGCCUACUUCUACAAACUGGUCCAGACUCAUCCUGCUGCCAGCAAACUGCCCCUGAAGGACAGCUUCACGUUUGAUGACUACAGGUGGGCGGUGUCAUCAGUGAUGACCCGUCAGAACCAGAUCCCUACGGAGGACGGCAGCCGAGUCACUCUGGCCCUCAUCCCACUCUGGGACAUGUGUAACCACAUCAAUGGACUGAUUACCACUGGCUAUAACCUGGAGGAUGAUCGCUGUGAAUGCGUGGCUUUGCAGGACUAUAAGGAGAACGAACAGAUCUACAUCUUUUAUGGCACAAGAUCCAAUGCCGAGUUUGUCAUCCACAAUGGCUUCUUCUACCAGGACAACGCCCAUGACCGAGUGAAGAUCAAGCUGGGCGUCAGCAAGAGUGAACGCCUCUAUGCCAUGAAGGCAGAAGUGUUGGCACGAGCUGGCAUUCCAGCGUCCUGUGUCUUUGCCCUGCACUGUAAUGAACCUCCUAUUUCAGCCCAGCUCCUAGCCUUCCUCAGAGUUUUCUGCAUGUCAGAGGAUGAACUAAAGGACUACCUGCUCGGAGAGCGUGGCAUUAAUAAGAUCUUCACCCUGGGCAACAGUGAGUUCCCUGUUAGCUGGGAGAAUGAAAUCAAAUUGUGGACUUUCCUGGAAACCCGAGCUGCUCUUCUGCUCAAGACCUACAAGACCACCUCAGAGGAGGACCUCUCCUUACUGGAGAAACCCGAUCUAUCUCUGCACGCUCGUGUGGCUAUCCAGCUCCGCCUGGCUGAGAAGCAGAUCCUGGAGAAGGCUUGGGCCAGCGGACUGGCCAAACGUCUGAACUACCAGAAGAAGUUAGAGGAGGGGGCUCCGUUGCCUCACUACGAGGAAAGCGAUAUUGCUUUGCUUGAGAAUGCCAAUGCAGAUGCAAAGCUCCCUAUUAUCUUGCGCAAGUUGGAGGAGGUGGAGGAAGGCCAAGGGACCCAGGUGGAGGAGCUGAAUGAGGGGAAGAUGAUGUACAGGCUGGAUAUGGAGGCUAAUGAAGAGCCAGUGCAGGGUGAGACUCAGGAGAAGGUUGGCAAAGAUGUUCAUUCAGCUUUGGACUCAGUUGGAAGUUCAAACCAGGUGGGCCAAAGGGAAGUGGCCGACCAAAGUGCCAGUCGAACUGAAGAGAAUCCCAAAGAGAACAGUGAAUAGUAUAUUCCACGUACUGCCUCAGCCCAUGCUGUUUAUUUAUUUUUGUGUCUCUUAAAUGACUCAGAAAUAUAGAAGCUGGAAAAGCAAAAUAAAUAGAAAGUUGCAGAGGUUUUAGACUGUAUGUUCAUCCAGUGUGGCUUUUCUUAGUUGUCCACUGCUGAACUUGUUUAGUGUGUGUCAGCCUUCUGUGCAGAACAGGAUCAGAUUAAAAUGGGCUUCUGUUUAAGUAUGGAGUGUAGGUUUUUAUUGAAACAAUUCGAGGCCCACAGAAUACUAAGAGUGGGGGUGGGGCAGCCAGUCCUGGUCUCAGCAGAUACUGUAGGCGUGUGAAGAGGAAGAAAAAUAAACAAAAUGGAGUUUAGGUGAAUGUUGUUUCCACAAAGCUAAAAUCUCUGCAAUCUUGUGAAUUGGUUGCUUUAUUACUGCAAUUUGUCUCCAUAUGUGUCCAGUAUGUUUUGAGUUGACAAUCGUUUAGAGAAUUUUGGAGAGUGCUGCUAUGUUAAGUUCAACACUGCCGACUGUACCCUCUUUUUGUUUAGUUUAGUUUUUUGUUAAAAUAAUUUCCAACAAACUAGAAGGAAAUGUAAAAUGUUACUUUAUUUGGUCUGUGAAAUGAGUACUUGCUUUAUACUGAUGGUACCUGUCAUGGUUCACUAUGAGUAGGCCAAACUAUGAUGAUGCUUUUUGCUUUCUCAUUGUACAUUUUCAGUCAUUACAAAGAUGCAGCCCUUAUUAAGAGACUAAGUUUUAUUUUGUGGUAAAAGCAUCUUUAUGAAUGUAGUCAGUUUAUGUUGCAGUGAGUAACUAAAAGGGAGUGAUGACUGACCCAGUGAUUACUGUUGUUACCCCUGAGAAAGCCAUAUACAGCACUGAGGACUCUGAGACAGAGGAUGAUGUUUAAGUGACUGCUGGGAGAUUUUUGUUUGACCGCCUUAAAAUUAGGCAAUUUCAACAUGACACUUUUGUAUGAAAAACUAGAAAGCACUGUUCACUGUCAUUAUUUAGUGUAAACUGUAGGGGUGGCUCCAAAAACUGGUGGAAGGAAACAUUUGGCUGCAAAUUAUCCAUAUGAAUGGUAAUUAUUUUUAUCAAUUAUAACAUUUGACCUUAGUGUAGAGUCUGUUGGUCAUGAGGGCGUCCAUUUUACCUCUUUUAUCAAAACCACUUAGGUAGAGCCAAUACAUCUUUGGUAUCGGAUGUCCUAGAUCUUUCUCCAAAUGUCCACUGAUGCCAUGACUUUGGCCUGUUCAAGUCCAAUGCCAUGAACCAGGUGUCAGCGUACAAACACAUCUGACACCAAAUCUGUGAACAGAAACUGAGGUUACUAACUCCCAGCCAUGUGUGGCCACUUGUUACUGUACCACACACUGGAAAUCCAUUAUGUACUAUACUGUAGGUCACAUGAUGAUGGUGUAAACCAGCAGUAGGAAUAGGAGCAAUUUCCAGGUGCAGGUGAAGACUGUGGCAUGUGUUUGAAAACCUCAGGAAGUGCACCCUUAGUUUAUUUUGACAAACUGCUGUUUCCAAAAGAUUGAACUGUCCCAAAAGAAUCAAGAUGUUACCCUGUAGCUUACAUCAGUCUGAUCCAUACAUAAAACAUAAAAGCACCAGUCAAACAGACCAGGAAUACCAUGGGCCAUCAUAAUCUUUUAUUUCCAUGUAGUGGGGAUAAAUCAGCCUUGUUGUCCACUCUCUGUACAGUGAAGCAGGUGGGUAACAGUGUUACAAUGAAGAUAAGAGCUGUCUUUUGAGACUCGGAGCAAACCUGCCGCACACGUUUACUCUGACAGAUGAAAGUUUCUGUAGUCUAGUGUAAAAAUGCACCAUGCACUAUUGCUGUUCAUAAAUGGAACCAAAUCCAGUGGAAGGUGCUUUAAACCAGGACUCACCAGUUAAAUGUGAGCUCCUCUAUACUGUAUCAUUCUAAACUUUUAAACACUUCUAUUUUUCAGACUCUUACAGUUAUGAUUAAAGUGACAAUAUUUCAGUGGCCACCCUUUUAGCCUUGAGCUGCUGCCACUUUCAAAGCUCAGCCUUUCCUGACUCUCAGAUUUUAUGCCUGCGUCCUGUUAGGCUGUCUUCCAGCACUGGUUUUGUUGUGGCCUGUUUGUACUCUCCUUCAUUUUGUUCAUGCAUGUGUCACAAAUAUUAAACAGUGAAGUGAGCUUGAUGACAAAGAUGAUAAAGAGCCUGUUCUCCAUGAUCCGUUACCUUCAUCAGCACAAGUGGUCAUUUCCUGCACUUGAUACAUUGAACAGAAGGGAAUAAACAUUGCAGAUUUGGCAGAAUUCAUUUCAACGCAGCUUUAAUUGCAGCAAAAUCAUUUAAAAUAUCUAAUAGAGAAUUAUUUUUGCAUCAUGCUGUGAGUGGUUGUGUAAGCCUGGAAUGUGAAGAGAUUUCUCUUUGUUUUUAUUUUUGAUAAUUAAUCACAAUAACGGUUAAAUAA